AUCCAAUCUAAAUUCAUAUAUUUACUACAAUGUCUAACUACGAUCUGCCACAACAAGUCCAAAUUCAGCUGCAAGAUAAAUCACAGGGGCUGACUCAUUUUUCCGCCAACAUAACUUAUGUGUUCGAAGACGAGCCAAUGCCCCUGGGGUCGGACGAUGGCACAUUAACUGUGGUCGUUAAUAUGGCAGGUGACGAAUGCCGACCGGAAAAGGUGCGCUCCUUGACGUCUACAUUUAUGGUGUCGGACUAUGAGUGGAACAUCUCUGAGGAAUCAGAAAAGACAGCCGCUAUUCUUUCGAUUAAAGGUGUUUCGCUGGAAAGCCAGCCCAUUUCGACAAAUCUUCCUGCAAAGGCCGAUACACCGACCAGCCGUCAACAGCUUUUUUCGAAUAUACAGCGCGACGCUCACAAUUUGGCCAAAAGGGUGGCACUGGUUUCUCAGUCACUAGACAACCUCGACAACUUCGAGUUGCAAGACAGCGAAUAGCUCGUAUUUGCGCAUUAUAUUAAGUGGAUCAAUUUGGGCAACUCCAAGCAAUAACAAUGCGGAAUAUAUCUUGCAACUUGACCCAAACUUAAAACAUUUACAAAAAAAUAUAUAAUUCAUUUC